AUAUAUUAUCAACAACCCUAGUCCAUAAUUAAGUUUUUUUUUUUAAAAUGGUGAAAGAAGGAUUGAUGCCGAAGCACCCUUCUAAUGCAGUGAACACUUCUGCUAAGUCUAUUAAAAAUUCUAUGGGACCUAACGAACUUCAAAACGUAUUUGCCAAUACUCAUGAACAUCCGCCUAGACACACGAGAAUUAUGUGCACAAAAAAAUCUGCACAAGAUGCCACUUUUCCUCACACUUGUGCUAAAAAAGUAAAAAGACGACGCAACAGUGAUACGUCCAGUGAAGAAGAUAGGUGGCUUACUGCCAUAGAAACUGGACAACUAAACGUUGUUGAUGACGAACUUAAAAAGAUAAAAGAUCCCAAACUUAUGACAGCUCGUCAACGUGCUAUUUAUGAAAGGACACAGGAUUCGGAGAUAAAUGGCUUUUUAGAAGAGCUAAUUGCUCUUCCAAGUGGUUAUAAAGAAAAGGAAAAGCCGCAGACUGCGGAGGAAAUUCAUAAAGCUCUUUUGAAAUCUCAAAAACGAAAGCAACAAGCUGACGAAAGGCGAGAAAAAGAUAAACUGAAGACAAUGGAGCGCUUAUUAAAAAAACAGGCAACCAACAAGGACCGCACUUCAAUUCGCAAUAAGUCCGCACAACAGGCUUCUUAUCCAAAAAUAACCUAUAUAAGUGCUGUUAAUGGCAACUAUGUAAUAGUUCCCACAGGUUACGAAUUUCCUUUAAAGGCACAAAUCCCUCGUACACCGCCUCUUUCACAGGUGUGCUAUGUAAGCGGUUGUGAAAAUCGCAAGACAUAUAAUUGUUCAACGACAAAAGUUCCAUUAUGCAGUCUUACAUGUUAUCGCAAGAACCUUUUACACAAUAUCAACUAAAUAAGGAAAACGUCUUUGUAAUCGGAUUUAAUUUUAAUAUUGAUUGACAAAAAAACUGUUUUUUAUUUCAUGUUUGUCAGUUUCAAUUCGCUGUAAAAACUGCAAUUCGCCUUUUAAGCGAUCAAGUUCUACCGUUUGCUCAAAUAUCUCAUAUUGAUAGACUUGCUGCAUACUCUGGCGCUGAAUAAAUGCCGUUUUUAAUUGAUUUUGUGUACCAAAAGCGCGCAGUUUUUCCAUAUCGACAUCGUUAGCAAAGAUUUUAGAUAUAUUACAAUAAUUAAACACAAACUUUUUAAAAAUUGUGAAUGCUUUGCUGUAUUUAAAGCAUUCUUGUUUAAACUUUAUUUUGCUACUGGAAAGGUUUGGAUGCUCAACUCGCACGGUGUAGAUUUCAUCUAUAAACACACCAGCUUUAAGAAGUUCUUCCAUCUUAAUGCAAUUGUAUAAAUUUUAUACUUCCCUAUGAUGCGUUGCGCUGCCACUGACAACUACAAGAAUCGUAAACAAAAUAGCUGCGCAUGUGUAUAUGAAAAUGUAUACAAAAUUGCUUUAUAUCAUUAGUAUUUUUCUUUUAAACGGCGAGGAAUAUCCAUAACACAGGCGUUAGUGGCGAGGAAUUCGAAGUUGCCGAGGAAACCCUCGGGAGUACCGAAAAAUUAGCAUGGUUUUUCCCGGGUACUCCUCUGGAAAAUACCUGUAAAUACCUUUUAAUAUACAGAAAAAUCUCCCAAAAAUCGUAAAAAAAAAGGUCUACAAUAAAUUUAUUUUUAUUUUUAUUUAUUCUAAUUUACAUUAUUUUUAUACCCGUUACUCGUACAGUAAAGGUAAACUAAAUUGGUUGAAUAGUAUGUAACAGUCAGAAGGAAGGGUUUCCGACCAUAUAAGGUAUAUAUAUUCACGAUCAGAAUCAAUAGCCGAGUCGAUCUGACCAUGUCCGUAUGAAAGUCGAGAUCACAGGAACUAUAAAAGCUAGAAAGUUGAUUUUAGGCAUGCAGACUCCAGUGACAUGGAGGCAGCGCAAAACGGUCGCUGUUAAUAGCAACUAUGUAAUAGUUGCCACAGGUUACGAAUUUCCUUUAAAGGCACAAAUUCCUCGUACACCGCCUCUUUCACAGGUGUGCUAUGUAAGCGGUUGUAAAAAUGGCAAGACAUAUAACUGAUCAACGACAAAAGUUCUAUUAUGCAGUCUUACAUGUUAUCGUAAGAACCUUUUACACAAUAACCAGAUAAGGAAAACGUCUUUGUAAUCGGAUUAAAUUUUAAUAUUGAUUGACAAAAAAACUGUUUACUAUUUCAUGUUGUUCAGUUUCAAUUCGCUGUAAAAACUGCAAUUCGCCUUUUAAGCGAUCAAGUUCUACCGUUUGCUCAAAUAUCUCAUAUUGAUAGACUUGCUGCAUACUCUGGCGCUGGAUAAAUGCCGUUUUUAAUUGAUUUUGUGUACCAAUAGCGCGCAGUUUUCCUUAUCGACAUCGUUAGCAAAGAUUUAGAUAUAUUACAAUAAUUAAACACAAACUUUUUAAAAAUUGUGAAUGCUUUGCUGUAUUUAAAGCAUUCUUGUUUAAACUUUAUUUUGCUACUGGAAAGGUUUGGAUGCUCAACUCGCACGGUGUAGAUAUCAUCUAUAAACACACCAGCUUUAAGUUCUUCCAUCUUAAUGCAAUUUUAUACUUCCCUAUGAUGCGUUGCGCUGCCACUGACAACUACAAGAAUCGUAAACAAAAUAGCUGCGCAUGUGUAUAUAAAAAUGUAUACAAAAUUGCUUUAUAUCAUUAGUAUUUUUCUUUUAAACGGCGAGGAAUAUCCAUAACACAGGCGUUAGUGGCGAGGAAUUCGAAGUUGCCGAGGAAACCCUCGGGAGUACCGAAAAAUUAGCAUGGUUUUUCCCGGGUACUCCUCUGGAAAAUACCUGUAAAUACCUUUUAAUAUACAGAAAAAUCUCCCAAAAAACGUAAAAAAAAAGGUCUACAAUAAAUUUAUUUUUAUUUUUAUUUAUUCUAAUUUACAUUAUUUUUAUACCCGUUACUCGUACAGUGAAGGUAAACUAGAAUGGUUGAAUAGUAUGUAACAUUUAGAAGGAAGAGUUUCCGACCAUAUAAGGUAUAUAUAUUCGUGAUCAGAAUCAAUAGCCGAGUCGAUCUGGCAAUGUCCAUAUGAAAGUCGAGAUCUCAGGAACUAUAAAAGCUAGAAAGUUGAUUUUAAGCAUGCAGACUCCAGUGACAUGGAGGCAGCGCAAGACGGUCGCUGUUAAUAGAAACUAUGUAAUAGUUCCCACAGGUUACGAAUUUCCUUUAAAGGCACAAAUCCCUCGUACACCGCCUCUUUCACAGGUGUGCUAUGUAAGCGGUUGUAAAAAUGGCAAUACAUAUAAUUGAUCAACGACAAAAGUUCUAUUAUGCAGUCUUACAUGUUAUCGUAAGAACCUUUUACACAAUAACCAAAUAAGGAAAACGUCUUUGUAAUCGGAUUAAAUUUUAAUAUUGAUUGACAAAAAAACUGUUUAUUAUUUCAUGUUGUUCAGUUUCAAUUCGCUGUAAAAACUGCAAUUCGCCUUUUAAGCGAUCAAGUUCUACCGUGUGCUCAAAUAUCUCAUAUUGAUAGACUUGCUGCAUACUCUGGCGCUGAAUAAAUGCCGUUUUUAAUUGAUUUUGUGUACCAA